CUUAACGAUGAUGUCAUUUUUCGUCCGCAUCGAAGGGCGUUUCUCAGGUGUUUGUUGUGUUUAAGGUUGUGUUUUGAUUUCACGUCGGUUGUUUAUCGGUUAUCUUAUUAUGGUGAACUGAAAUUCAUAUUGGGGAUUUAAGAUGACUCCUUCAAUCAAAUUAUCUGGAAAUCUUGGACAACGACAUCGAUCCUUCAACACUUUAGUCCAUGAAGCUUAUCUUCGAAAUGCAGCCAUUUCAGACCAGACACUUCCAGAAGAAUCUGCUUUAGACCGGCUUUUCAAAAUAGACCUUGCAUCAAAGAAAAAUGAUGUAAACUACAUCAUUAACACACUAAAAGAUGACGAUAUGCUGUAUGUAAGCAGAGCUUUAAAAAGCCUUUGGCUUCUAGACACAGAAUAUUCAAAGAUAAUCAACCCAAAGUUCCUAGAACAUGAACUCUUUCCCCAAAUGACAUUAACAGCUGUAAACAAAAUGAGACACUGGAUUCAGAUACAUUUAAAAGAUCCACAAAGAUGUAAAGAGUUCUAUCAGUUUUAUAAAGAGAGGAACUUUGAUAUUGCCUCCAAAUUUCUGUGGCAUUGUUCCAAUGACUAUAUUUUAACAGAGUUCAGUAAUAUAUUGGACAAAAUCACGCCAAAACUUUUGAAACGGCUUAGCGAAAAGACUCCACAAGUUACAAAGAUUUAUUACGAUAACGUAAAGGACAACGAAAAGCUUUUAAAGUAUUAUCUGGAGAAAAGUGGAGCGUUUUUUGAUAAUGUUAAAUAUCUUUUGAAACAAAAUCCUGAUGUAUUUUUCUAUAUAUUAGAAAACUUUUUCGUUCAUCAGCAAUUCAAUAAAUUGAACGCCGUGGUUUCGAAGUAUAUAAUGAAAAAUCACAAAGACAGGUUCCAGAGUAAGUCAGAGCUGUAUACUGUAUGGUUUCUUGAUAUAGAAAUAGUAGGAAAACAUUUAGGUACUGAAGAGAUCAAGGAUUUAGUGUUGAAACUAGCAAGAGCAGAGUAUUUAAAAUCUUGGUUUACUUACCAAAAUGUGGAACCCUUAAUAAAGUGUUUGAGUGAAGAUGAACGAAAAACUUUGAAGAAAUUAAUAUUUGUUGAUAAAGAUUUGGGAGCUACUGUAAAAGAAUGGCCGUAUCCAAUACCAACUCCACCAGAGUUGAAACCACCUCAGACAAGUCUGUUUGAUGAUGCAGAAAGAAGAGACUUCGACCUUUAUUACGAAGAUGAUUGUUUAAUGAGCAUGCGAUGUGGUGUGUCUUUUAAAUCAGCGAUGAAAUAUUCCCAGGUAUGCAGGAAUACCCUGUUAAACGAGUUGUUUGACAAAUAUCGUUUCUCCAACUAUAAAGAAACUUACAAUGAACUCAAGAAACAGUUGAGAGCCGAGAGCUCUCCACAGAAUCGUCUGUUUAUGCUGCUUGUUCUUGUCAGUAAGACUGGUGGCAAGACUGAAGAUGUCGUGUCUUUGUUAGAUCUUCUAGCUCAGUACAAGAAUGAGCCCGUCCAUAUCCGAGCUUCUAUAAUCAGGAGCUUGGUGAAGCGAGCGUUUGUGUGGCGUCUGCCAAGUGAGCAUUGGACGAGGCUCUUAGAAUGGGGACAUGGAUUGGGAUUGGAUGGAAGUGCCCAUGAAGCGGAGUGCUAUGAGGGACUACAUGCAGUUGUAAUACGAGAUUUGCUUGCUAACGUUAAGCCAAGUGUGGCAGUUUGGGAAAAGUUUCUAAACGAUUUUGAUUCUCUGGAAGGGUAUUCAUUUACUGUUGAAGAGCGUAGUUGUGUUAGUUCUCGACUGUCGUCGUUGCUUUUAGAAGACGCUCAAUCUGACCCAGAAAAACCCAAAUUGAAACAACUGACGUAUUUGCUGAAUACUCUUCGUGCAUACCGUUUGCGGUACGACUACUUCCCUGGCACCAUCGACGUAAUAGCAUCAGCUGUCAAGUGCUAUUGGAAUAAUUCUAAUGAUGAAUUGCGAACAGAUAUUAACUGGUUACUUCGCCAACUGUUCGAUGCUAAAGUAGCGAGAAAACGUCUAAUAAAAGAAUUCUUUGAAAUGUAUCAGACAGAUGAAUCGUAUCUUAAUGCAUUACGACACGAUUUGUCUCUUCUCCAGAAUACUAAAACAUUUGAAAAACUCAUUGAUGCAAAAAAUUUGAAACAUGACAGGUUUUUCCAGAAACUGGCACUUUACUUUAUGGAGAAAGAUGGAUUAGGAGAACAAUAUUUUACCUUGCUAGAAAGUCAAGCCACUUCCGAGAAUGAGAAAAUUGAAAAAAGCAAGGCGAGCUUUUCAGACGAACGUGGAACUAAACCAAUAUAUCAAUUUCUAGCGAAGCCCCUGGCAAUGCUUUCGGGAGUCAAAUUUGCAUGUCUUAUAAAAACCUUUGAUGCAGCACAGCCUAAAACAGCUAAGCGUCAACUGGCUGCCGCGUUAAGAGCUAACGCACACCUUGUUAGACCAGCUUUUGACUUAAAAUCUUUAGGAUGGCGUAAUGCAGGAGCUAAGGCUGUAGCCAAUCGUUUAUCUAUAUGCAGGCAAAACCAUGUGGAAGAGAAUCUUACAGAAGCUUUAUCUUGGACACGUACGUUAGGACUUGCACUGGCUUUGGCGCGACGAGUCAAUAAAGAACAGGUUGUUUUCAAGGUAUAUUCUUCUAAAAGACCUAAGAAAGCACUUCAAGCAGCGUUGCGAUACCUUCAUUAUAAAAAAGACAAAUCAGAUCUAAGCGUUUGGGACAUGGUGAAACCUCAGGUUUCGGAAGCAAGUCCUCGGCAGUUGCGUUCAUAUUUGGAAUCAACUGAAUCAGUACCAGAAGCUAUCAAGGCUGAGUACUGCUUCCUUGUCUACUUAGCAUUUAAAAAAGUGUGCCCGACAUGGAGUGGGAAGCUUUAUCGAAAAUCCCUGCUGUGUUACCAGAGUUAGACGAAAAAUACAUUUUCGAUGCGAACAACGCUUUACUCGGUGAUUAUUUCCCACAGAAGGGGAUAGAUUACAAUAAAAGGAAAUGUGCUUUUGUGUAUACACAGAUAAUUGCUAAAUUUCUGGUUCUUAGUACUACGGAAGAGAUGUCGGAAGAAAGAUUUAGCAAGGUGGGACUGCCUUUGCUACAUCGACUUGAAUUGUUGUGGAGAAAAUCUUCGCCUAAAGAGUCACCAGAUCAAUAUUACCUUGAUAAUUUGUUGUUUUACUUAAAAUACAACAAAGCUUAUUUUAAUCCUAAGUACGUAUCGUGUCUACCUUUGUUGCAGAAAAUUACCGAAUGGAUGCACGGGUUCUUGCCUAUAGAGAAGUGGUUUGAGAAAUAUGUGUCCGUGCAUUUAACCAUGCUUUAUUUUAAAUCAGUGAGGCAUUGCAUCAAAGAACACCCGGAGUUCUUCGGAGAACCUAAAAAACUGGAAGGCGCUCACAUGAUGGGGAUGAUUUUCGGCAAAUUUAUAGCUGAAGAGAUAGAAGAAUUGAAUAAGAAAUAUUUUCCUACCAUAACGGAAAUGUAUGGUGCAGAUCUUGUUGAUUAUUUUAAUACGCAUUUUGUUCGUAAUGUAGAUGAAAGUGUAGAGAAAUUCACAGUAGCUGUCUUGACUGGACUACUGUCGACUAAUUCGAAGGCUUCAUGUAUUCUUGCAAAUUACGCUUUUCAAGAAUUUAGAAAUCGAUUGAAAAUUGACUAUGUAAACGACAUUUUGAAGAAAUUCCAGAAAAGCGAAGUCAAAGAAGUGCGCUUUGGGCACGAUCUUGAGUAGCGAUAUCAAAUUCAAACUAAACAAAAAUUUCUUAAAUAACUAGAUUAUAUCAUGUGUUUUUAGUUUUAAUAUUUUUUAGACGUUAUAAAUUUUAUUUUUGCCGAGCAAUUUAAAUAACCGCUAUUUAAAAAUUAUAAAGGAAAAAUGGUAAUUAAGUAAUAAAAAUACUGUUAUAUU